AUGGUUGAAAACUGCAACAAUAGUAAAUUUUUCACAUUAAUCGCAGACGAAACAACUGACACUUCAACCCGUGAACAGAUAUCUGUAUAUCUACGCUACUUGGAGAGAGACACUAUCACAAACAAAAUAUCUGUUAAGAAAGACUUUCUAGAUUUCACGAUGGCCACCAGCACUACAGGUGAGCAUUUGGCGGAACUUUUGAUUGAAACUUUGAUCAGUGCAGUCAUCAUUGCAAUGAAUAUGAGGACACAGGGCUACGAUGGGGCCGCCAAUAUGUCUGGUAUAUAUAAAGGGGUUCAAGCAAGAACAUGUGAAAUGGUUCCGGGUGCUAUGUAUGUUCAUUGUAAAACUCACUGCUUGAAUUUGUCCAUAGUCCAUAGUUGUAAAGAUACAUCGGUUAGAAAUGUAAUGUCGACCGUACAGGAAGUUGCCUUUUCGUUCGAUUAUUCAUCUAAAAAACUUCAAGCGUUUUACCAAGAUUUGAACUCCGAUGCAACUACAAAAGAAAAUAUGGAAAAGCGGACCAAAUUGCGAACCCUUUGCGAAACACGAUGGACGAGUCGAGCCGACGUUCUUAACACUUUUAAAGCAUCGUUUCCGGUGGUGGUUCAUGCAUUGGAACGAUUGCGAGAAAAUGGAGAUGACAAAGCCGGACAGUACCUUGCCUCUAUAACCAGAUUUGAAUUUGUAAUUGCUCUUAUAGUUUCGGAGCACAUUUUACAGAGUAUGGUAUAUCAAUGGAAAUAUCUGCAAGGUAUAGAAUGUGAUCUGUUAGAGGCUACGAAAGAAUGUAGAACAGUUAUAGAGAUGUUACGGACCGAACGCAGCGAUGAAGCUGUUUGGAAUGAAAUUUACCAAACAACAUUAGAUUUAUCGGAACCAUUUGAUAUUGUGGAAAAUAAUCCCGAGGUGAUGCGGUCGACAGACAACCAGAGCCAAUCGCCCUGA